AGACGGGGGGAGGUGACGUGGCAGAGCGAGAGGCAGAAGGCGGAGAUCCUGGCGCACCCGCUGUACGAGCAGCUGCUGUCUGCGCACGUGCGCGUUGCUGAGGAUCGCCACGCGGUGGAUCAGCUUGCCGAGGAUCGACGCCCAGCUGGCGCAGAGUCAGCACGUGGUGGCCAAGUACUCGGUGCUCGGGAAUCAUCACCAGAUCAACGCUGGCGAUGAUAAGGAGCUCGACCAGUUCAUGACCCACUAUGUCUUGUUACUGUGUUCCUUCAAAGAACAACUACAACAGCAUGUUCGUGUUCAUGCAAUGGAAGCAGUGAUGGCAUGCUGGGAGCUUGAACAAUCUCUGCAAAGCCUGACAGGUGUUUCUCCUGGAGAAGGCACGGGUGCAACUAUGUCUGAUGAUGAUGAUGACCAAGCUGAUAGCGAAACAAACUUCUAUGAUGGAGGCUUCGAUGGACCAGACAACAUGGGAUUUGGCCCCUUGGUUCCAACUGAGAGUGAGCGGUCCCUAAUGGAACGAGUCAGGCAGGAGCUUAAGCAUGAGUUAAAGCAGGGUUAUAAAGAGAAGAUUGUGGACAUCAGGGAAGAGAUCCUACGCAAGAGACGAGCUGGGAAAUUGCCUGGAGAUACUACUUCUACUUUGAAGGCUUGGUGGCAGUCGCACUCAAAGUGGCCUUACCCAACGGAGGAUGACAAGGCCCGAUUGGUCCAAGAAACAGGAUUGCAACUAAAACAAAUCAACAACUGGUUCAUUAACCAAAGGAAAAGAAAUUGGCACAGCAACCCUUCAUCAUCAACAGCACUAAAGAGCAAGAGGAAAAGGUAAAACCAAAUCGCAAAGCUCCCUGUAGGUGUGAUGGUUGCCGACGCAAUGGAGGCUUAAAAGAAGCGGACAGUUUGAGUAAAAGCAGGAAGCAUCGCAACGAAGAUCUAAACAAGGUUACAUUGUUUACAAGCAAAGUUUCCGCAGCCCUUGCUUUCUGAAAGUUUGUCAUAGGUAAGUAGAGGCAGAUGUACACGAUGUUAGUUUUAGUAGUAGCGUUACAUAGUUUUGCGCCCUUUACAGUAAAAAUGUAUAAGAUUAUGCUACCCCCAUACGGUUUUAUGUUUGUAUGUUGCUCCUAUACGUAUCGUUGAAUAAGAAGGCACGUGUGGUUUUUACACGUAAUAUUUCUUGCGGCAUGGUGCUGUGGCUAUCCGCUUGUG